AUGAAAGCAGGAUCCAUAACUUAUUCUAUAAAUAGUGGUAGCAGCAGGAGCACUUUCAUCAAACUAAAGCUAGAUCUUUCUACUUAAUAUACUAUUUUUCUUUUCUUUCCCUUAGAAGAGAAAUGUCUUCCUCCUCUGACCUCAUUGGAAAGCUAGAGACAAAUAUAGAAAUCAAAGCUCCAGCUGAGAAAUUCCACCAUAUUUUCAAGCACACUCCUCACAAAGUAUCUAAUCAUACUGAGAACUUCCAUGGUUGUGAAUUACAUGAAGGGGAAUGGGGUACGGUUGGAUCUACCAUUUGUUGGGAUUACUUCCAUGAUGGGAAGAGAAGAGUAUCUAAGCAAAUAGUGGAAGCUAUAGAUGAUGAGAAGAAUUCUAUCACUUUCAAAUUGAUUGAAGGGGACCUGAUGGAGCAUUAUAAGAAGUUCAAAAUAAUACUUGUAGUGACUCCUAAAGCUGAGGGUGAAGGCAGUAUUGUACAUUGGCGUUUUGAGUAUGAGAAGCACCACGAUGAGAUUAUAGACCCCCACACUUUGGUUGACCUAGCAAAUGAGAUGACCAAAGAUCUCGAACUCAGUAUAUUACCAAAUAUGUCUUCUUCCUCUGACCUUACUGGGAAGCUAGAGACUAAUAUAGAAAUCAAAGCUCCAGCUGAGAAAUUCCACCACAUUUUCAAGCACACUCCUCACAAUGUAUCUAAUCAUACUGAGAACUUCCAUGGUUGUGAAUUACAUGAAGGGGAAUGGGGUACUGUUGGAUCUACCAUUUGUUGGGAUUACUUCCAUGAUGGGAAGAGAAGAGUAUCUAAGCAAAUAGUGGAAGCUAUAGAUGAUGAGAAGAAUUCGAUCACUUUCAAGCUGAUUGAAGGGGACCUUAUGGAGCAUUAUAAGAGCUUCAAAAUAAUACUUGUUGUGACUCCUAAAGCUAAUGAGGGUGAAGGCAGCAUUGUGCAUUGGCGUUUUGAGUAUGAGAAACACCACGAUGAGAUUAUAGAUCCCCACACAUUGCUUGACCUAGCAAAUGAGGUCACCCAAGAUCUCGCAACUCACCUUGCCCACGCAUAAAAACAAAACAAUAUAUGUGUGUGUGGUCUGUGUGUGGGGCGUAUAUUAGUAUUUACUAUAUAAUAAUUUACACUCAUCACAGUAUGACUGUAAAAAACAUGUAAAAGGACGUAUCCCACUAUCACGUAUACUCGUCAGUCGUGCCUUUAUUUUAUUUUAUGAUUUUGUAUGUGUGCGAAUUUCUGGAUUUUAUAAAUAAUGACCAUAUAUUUGGCCACAAA